CAAAAUAGUCUUUGUCUACAACGUAUCGAUCAUGACCACGAUCACGCCGACUCAAGCGGUCGCGGUCGCCAGUGCCCUUCUUUACGCCAAGUACUUUGCCGUGUCUAUUGUCAGCGCCAAAAAAAAGGUUGCGACUGGGAACCGCGCCCCCGAAGACACGGCUGCCGAGCCCGGGAAGCCACAGUCGUUUGGCCUCGCGACCUCAGCAAACGAAGGCACGGGUCUCCUCUUGGCGUCGGACACUGCCGCCGCGAUCGAGGACAUUCGCUGGCAGCGCAUCCUUGCCAACGAUGUCGAGAACAUUCCACUCGGGCUCGUGUUGGCGUGGGGUGCUGCGACGGCUGGGGGCAACGCGACGGUCACGGUCACGGCGGUUGCAGUCUUUACAGCCGCGCGUUUCCUCCAUACGAUCGCAUACGCCAACGGUUGGCUCUACCCUCGCAUCACGGGCUACACCAUUGGUGCGUUCAGUCUCUUUACGCUCGCUGGGAACGCUGUCGUCGGCGCCUUUGCGUCCUGAGCCAAGAUGUGGGAUUAUCGAUUAACUAUCCGAAUAGCAACCUCGCAUUAUUAUUGUG